AAAUUGAUACAUUCUCCAUGUUAGAAAGAAUGUGCCUUAGUUUGAACAUUAAAAAUGGUACGGACCUAUUGAUUUCCUGAUAGUCAUUAGAGGAAUCAUAUCUUUUAUUUUCCUGCAAAAAAGUACUUUUGGGCUAACUAACUGUUUUCACAUAAAAACCUCUCUCUAUUUCUCUCUCUCAUUUGAGAAAAAAGCAAAACCGUUUGGUAUAAAAACCAAGUGUGUUUGUUAUUUGGUCAAUCGUAGUGAUGGAAGAAAACACAAAGAACAAUAUCGAUCCUUCUUCAACCAUUUCUGAAAUGGGUAACAGAAAACGUGUUCGACCAUUGGGUGCAAAAAGAGAUGAAGUUCAUAAUAUUGAACGCGAAAGAAGGAAGAAAAUUACUCAAAUGUUCACUCACCUUAGAACCACUGUCCCCAGUGUUUUUCCUAAGGCUACAAGAGAAGUGAUAUUAAAUGAAACAAUUGAGUACAUUAAGGAACUUGAGAAGAAAAAGAAAAUGUUGGAGGAUCUGAAGGAGAAAAUGAAAUCGGUUGAAGCGAAUUUGAAUUUGUUGAUUCCGUGCGGUAACAGGAAUAAUAGCUCUGUUAUGGUUACUGUUUCUAGUAAUGUAGCUUUUUUUGGAAUUCAAUCCGUGGCUAAACCUGGAUUGGUUACGGUGAUUUUGAAGGUGUUCUAUAACAAUCAAGCUGAGAUUUUAGCUGCAAAUGUUUCUGUUGAUCAUGGGAAUUUGAUCUUGGCGAUUACGGCGUUGAUUCAACAUCGUCAUGGAAAUAGUGCUACUGUUGAGAAGAUUAAGAGAGAGAUUUUGAGCUUAUAGGUUGAAUUAAUUAAUCCUUUUGGUUUCAUUUUCUUUAUUAAAUGGAGAACAGAAAUUAAAAUUAAUCAUGCUGAUUGGUAUUAGGACCAUGUAUGCGGUUAUGUCUUAGUUAUACACUUGGAGAUAGAGUGGAAAAGAUACACUAAGUCGUAUGGAGAUACAAUAUUGGUAUACAUUUUAUGCAUAGUGAUAUUCAUGAAAAAUAUU